AUGAUGAUGAGACUAUCUGGAAACAAGCACGUCUAUUACGCCGUCACCGAAGCGACACCUCCGCCUCAACCUCUCCCGAUCCCGAUGUUACCCUCUACCCUACAGACGCCAUGGAGCCAAAACACCAGCAUCUUCGCAAACUCUUCUGAAAAGCGCGACUAUGUGGAUAAAAUUAUUGGACAGGAACUAAGUGUUAUGCACGUCGGUCUCCCUCGAUUCCACGAGGUUUUCUUCGGUGAUGUGGCCGGCCUUCAGGCUGCCUCAGAGGCCGUCUUCGACAAGUAUCAGGAGGACGCAAAUCAGGAUGCUGUUUUAGACUGGUUCGCUAAGCUUUGCGACGAUCUAGCAGCCCUUGCAAAAGAUCACCAUCCGAACUCUUCUCAACGCAGACCCUUGGUGCAGCCUAACAAACCAAUCGAGGGUUCCACAGUACCUCGCAAGCUAGACGUUGGGUUUCUAAGGAGCAAUCCGUUGGAAGACAAACCAUCCAAGGCAUGGGUUGAUCUAGGCAGAUACGCAAGAGACGUUCUUGCUGCUCAAGAUACUCGUCGUUUUGCGUUGGGCUUCACACUCUGCGGCUCUCUAAUAAGGGUUUGGGAAUUUAACCGUCUUGGCGCAAUCGCAUCUGAAGAAUUUAACAUUAACAAAGACAAAGAGGCUGCGCUGCGCCUUGUUUCUACAAUUCUUGGGUUUCUAUGGAUGGAGCGAGAACAACUAGGAUUCGACCCUACUAUUAAUUUAGAGGGCGAUCGACGGGUUGUCACGAUUCAGCGGGAUGACAAGACAGAGCGGCUCAUACUCGACAAAUUGAUAAAGCGAGCGCCUUGUAUCUCUGGUCGGGCAACCACCUGCUGGAAAGCCUAUCCCGAAGAAGACCCUCAGAUGCCACUUGUAAUCAAGGAUUCAUGGCAGUAUACCGAACGCGACGAAGAAGGAGAGCUCCUUAAGGAAGCGACAGAUAAAGGCGUUACCAAUGUCGCCCGGUAUUACCACCAUGAAACCGUCCAUGUCCGAUCUCAAGUCGAUGAGAUUCACGGCAACAUUCGCGGUGGCCUGAUCUCCACAGACGCAAAAACCUACCAGGUGGCGCCAUCUUCUCAGUUGCCUGAUGACGAAAGCAAGAGUGGUCAAAUUGCUGCGAAUCGGGUACACAGGCGUGUCAUUGUGAGAGACUACGGAAAGGCCAUAUACAUGGCGAGCACCACGCCGAUUCUGCUGAAGGCGCUUGAAGACUGCAUUCAGGGCCAUGAAUUUCUACAUAAAGCUGGCAUUCUACACAGAAAUAUAUCCGUUAAUAACCUCACGGUGAACGAGGACAGCAAUAACCCCUCUUGGCCCUCGGCCUCUGGAGCGAAGACAAAGAUUGGCACACGGGCUUUUAUGGCCAUUGGUGCGCUACUUGGUAAGCAAUAUUCCUUUAUGCAUGAUAUAGAGUCCUUCUUCUGGGUUUUAUUCUGGUUAUGCAUUCACAGCAACGGACCAAAUACGAAAGGCAAAGUUAUUCCUGAAUUUGAACAGUGGAAUUUCCUCAGCGUCGACGUGCUGGCCAGGGCAAAACUGGGAACCGUAUGUUCGGAGGAAGUGUUCAUGGUAACAGCCGGCGAUGAUUUCACGCCUUACUACCGACAGUUGAUCCCGUUGCUCAAUGAGCUGAGACAGGUUGUCUUCCCGAGUGGUCAGUUCUGGAGCCGGGAAGACGAAGGGCUCUAUAGUCGCAUGAGGGAAGUGCUUCGGAGGGGGCGAGAGAGGCUUGAAUCUGACGACACCCACGAUUGA